UGUGAAAGUUCAAACCGGAAGACGGGUUUAAUCGUCCCGGAAAACUUGACCGCGGUUCUUCGUUCCCAGGGUUCCGUGAGAGCCGUUUGCCCCACCCCACCUCUCCAGCGCUAUCUAUCUCAAUGUACGAUUCUCGGAGAAAAACGGGGGCAAAAAUAAUUCAGAGCACCGCGGCGAACAGACGGCUCCUCGCCUCUACGGACCGGUCGAUCGGAGCGCACGCGGCCUCGCGGCGGUUGGGGACGAGCGUGUCGCCGCCGGACCAGUGAUUGAAAACACCGCGGUAUGUGUCCGUGUCUCGUGCACAUGUAGCCACAGUCCGCCGUACAGACUCAGCGGGACUACGAGGAGCGCGAGGGGACCUGACAGCGAGCCGUACCUGCGCCCAACGACAAGAGGGGGGAGGACGUUGACGCGAGGCGACUUUGGUUUCUUCUCCGCGAAACACACCACCUGGAUAUUGCGCCCGAUUCAAGGACAUCCAGCCGCCGACGGACCUCGCCUGAGCCCGUCCGCAGGAGGAAGCCUUCCGAUGUGAGGAGGAGCACACGUUCACGCUCACGGAGAGAGAAGGACGGAGAAGGGGCCUGGGGUUUCUUUUUUUUUUCUUCUCUUUUUUUGGGGGGGUGGUGGGGGGGGGUGGUCUGGUCAAACCCUCCGACUAGGCGAGCACUCGCAUCUGUUGACGGGCAGCAGCCCGCAGGGAGAACCGAGGUGUAUGAUGUGACAGAGAGAGGAGAAGCCCCGGUGCAGCCUGAUGAUUCACAUGCCGUCAUUUUAAGAGGAAAUAUUUAUUUUUAUUCCCCCUCCCUCCCUCCCUCCACUCGUCCUUUGAUGUGCUCCGGUUUGACAAACUGAUUUGCUAAGAACCCCACUAAAAAAAAAAAACAACCUACAAAAAUCUUGAAAAAAAACCAUCAAAAACCCAAAAGCAUAUUUACCCAAAGGAAGAAAUACAUUUUAAAAAAAAACAACAACAAAAAAAGCGAGUGGAAAUGAAUUGAAUGUGUCAGUGGGAGAUCUGUAUCUGCCGCCGAUGGGCUCGGGAGGAGACGAUUGCUAAGAAAGAGAGAAAGAGAGAAAUAUAUCAGCGUGAAGAUAUUUAUAUUUAAAGAAGAAGGGGAAAAAACAAAAACCCAAAACAAAACAAAUUGCACCGUUUGAAUUGAAAAAAGGGAAACGGGGCCGCCGACGUCCGUUGACGUGCACGCGCGAGGCCGGGACUCUCAUCCACUCGUGUCGGCGUUGAUGACUUCAUUGCGGAUUUACAGUGAAAAACAGAGGAAUCGAGCGUCGGCGAGGGGCCGAGCUGUCGGACUGGUUGAUUGCCAGUAAAUAGCCCCAACCAUCCAUCACACACACACACACACACACACACUGCCCACUGACAGGUUCACAUCUGUUUGCGUCCGGCGACAUCGAUGUCACCCAUUUUGAGCCUGGUGUUCCUCUGCUGGGCCUGUCUGGGAAUUUAGGGUUUCCAUUGAUUACCCCCCGCCCCCCCUUCUUCUGAUCAACACCAUCCCUUCCUCCCUCCUUCCUUUCCUGCCUCCCCCCCAGCACCCUACACCACCCUCCUCGCCCGUCCUGCCUCCUCCCCUGAACCUGUCACUGGGUUUCUCGGGAAGAUGGGCUGUCUCGGCAAUAGUAAGACGGAAGACCAGCGGAACGAGGAGAAGGCACAGAGGGAAGCCAACAAGAAGAUAGAGAAGCAGCUGCAAAAAGACAAGCAGAUAUACCGGGCCACUCACCGGCUACUACUAUUAGGGGCCGGUGAAUCCGGGAAAAGCACGAUAGUCAAGCAGAUGCGAAUAUUGCAUGUGAAUGGCUUCAACGCAGAGGAGAAGAAACAGAAAAUUCAUGAUAUUAAAAACAACAUUAAAGAAGCUAUAGAGACGAUUGUGGCCGCCAUGACUGCGCUCUCACCGCCAUGCCAGUUAGCCGGUCCUGCAAACAAAUGCCGACUCGAGUACGUCCUGAACCAAGCAAACCAGAAGGACUUUGAGUUUUCUACGGAGUUUUACGACCAUACAAAGAUCCUCUGGCAGGACAAUGGUGUGCGGGCCUGCUGGGAAAGGUCCAACGAAUAUCAGCUCAUCGACUGUGCACAGUACUUCUUAGACAGGAUUGAUGUGGUGAGGCAGAACGACUACACACCCACCGAUCAGGACCUGUUGAGAUGCCGAGUGCUGACAUCCGGGAUCUUCGAGACGAGAUUUCAAAUAGACAAAGUCAAUUUCCAUAUGUUUGAUGUUGGAGGUCAGAGGGACGAGCGUAGAAAAUGGAUCCAGUGUUUUAACGAUGUGACAGCUAUCAUCUUUGUGGUGGCGAGUAGCAGCUACAACAUGGUGAUCAGAGAAGACAAUCAGACCAACAGACUACAGGAAGCCCUCAACCUUUUCAAGAACAUCUGGAACAACAGGUGGCUACGGACCAUUUCGGUAAUCCUCUUCCUUAACAAACAGGACCUGCUCGCGGAGAAGGUUUUGGCAGGGAAAUCUAAAAUCGAAGAGUAUUUCCCAGAGUUUGCACGCUACACUACACCUGAUGAUGCGAUACCAGAGCCAGGUGAGGAUCCCCGCGUCACAAGGGCAAAGUACUUCAUCCGGGAUGAGUUUCUGAGGAUCAGCACAGCCAGCGGGGACGGACGACAUUACUGUUACCCCCACUUCACCUGCGCGGUCGACACGGAAAACAUCCGCCGCGUCUUCAAUGACUGUCGCGACAUCAUUCAGAGGAUGCACCUACGGCAGUACGAGCUCUUGUGAUGAGGAGCGGCGUCCAGUCUACUCAUUUACCUACCUAUCUACCCCCUCCCCCCCACGACCAGUUAGCCAAUCACCCCCGCCCAAACAACCCCCCCUUCACUUCCAACAACUUCACCAAACAACUGAGCGAACAAGAGGGCGACUGAGCGCCAGCCCUCCCCUGCACCCCGAUACAACUUCACCCUCCUGUCAAGACAAUUUCAGAAAAACAGAACAGUUGAAAAGAUGUUUUUUUUUUUUUUAAAGGAAACACAGUUAAAGAUUCACCAACAACAGUUUCUUCACCUAUUAACCAGGACUGAUUGACCCAGGCAGGAGAGUCAAGACUGAUUUGAUGUCCUUAGUGCAGGUUAUUCGUCCUUUUAGCUCUUUCUUUCUCUCUCUCUCUCUCUCUCUCUCUCUCUUUCUCUCUCUCUCUCUCUCUCUCUCUCUCUCUCUCAGAUAUAUGAACACACACUCGCAGGUACACACACACAGACACACACUCACGCGCUACAGCGUUAUACAGUUUUCAGAACCCUUAAAUAGGAUUCGAUGUCUCAUAUCACACACAAACACACAGACCCUUUUGAAAGUCCUCCUGCUUGUAAUUGUUGGGCAGAGGCUGGAUUGAAUAACGCAAUCCUGAGAGAGAGGUUAGUUGAUUCACCGCGUGCUGAAGACGAACCAGGAGGAGGAGGAGAGACGGACGAACAUGGAGGGUUGCAAACUAACCGACACAGCGGAGGGCUGUGAGCCUUUUUGGGGUUUUUUUGUGGGGGACGGACUUAUUGACUUAACUGCUGCCUGCGGACGUGAGCAUGACAAGAACAUAAGACCACGCGGCUCACAUGACCUGCUCUUCAGGAAAUCAGGAGAGGAGGGAAUGGCAGAAAACGACAUAAACCGGAAAAAACAACAACAACAGAAAAACACCAUACAAUGCAUUAGUCCAUGCAUACCAGUGAACUUCAUGCAGUGCAAAAAAAAUCCAAGCUAUAUAUAUAUAUAGAUAUUUAUAUAUGAGUGUAUAUAAAUAUGUAUAUAUAUAAAUAUAAAUAUUAUAUAUUCCUGUAAUAACACAAUUCAACUUUUAAGUUUUUGUUAGUUUUUACCUGUGUGUGUGUGUGUGUGUGUGUGUGUGUGUGUGUGUGUGUGUGUGUGUGUGUGUGUGUGUGUGUGUGUGUGUGUGUGUGUGUGUGUGUGUGUGUGUGUGUGUGUGUGUGUGUGUGUGUGUGUGUGUGUGUGUGUGUGUGUGUGUGUGUUCUGCCUUUAUGCAUCAUUUAGACCCCCCCGCCUAGACACACACACACAUACAUACACACACAUCCUGGUCCCCACAGCCCCUGCUUCCUUUUAAACAAAAACAAAGACGAGAGAUUUUAUUUAAUAAGGAAAAAACACAAAAGGAAAGCAUGAAGUAAAAGAAACAACUCAAGAAGACUGGAUGCAACAUUUUUAUGUGGGAACACAUACACAGACACAGACACACACGCUCCAGCCCUCACCAGCCCCCUCCCUCCCUCCCCACACACACAAUACUCCCCCUCACCUUUUUUCGUCUUGUUCUCUCACCUCUUCCAGUCCCACCUCCGUCCCCCUCCCUCCCACCUCCCCGGCUUUAAGUACGUCUGUCUUUAUUUUACUGCUGGACUAUUAUUCUUGUACAGAAUGUAAAAUGUAUUAUUUUGUACAACUUUAUUGAAGAAAAAAAAAUAACUUGUAGAAGAUCCCUGUGCCUUGAUCACGACUGUACAUGUAAAAAAAAAUGAGCUAAUAUGUAAGUUAUGUUUCACUGCGCUGUACAGCUGGACGGGUCUGUCCCACCUCGUCCGUGCUAGCUCACCCCUCCGCCGGGGCCUGUGGGGGGAGGGGUAUCGGAUCGGGGCGGAGGCCUUCUGUCUGUUGCUUAGUUCCUUUCUUCUUUUUUUUGUGUUCCCCCCCACAUUUGUUUGUUUGUUAAUUAAUUUGUUUUGCUUUGACUCUCCUUUGGUUUAUAUAAUAGGAUUUGAAGAAAAGAAAAAAAUGAAGAAAAAAAAAGAUAAUCAGACACACCACCUUAAUGCUGUGUAGUGAACGAUACUGAACCCUAACACAAUUUAAUAUAUAUAAAAUAUAUUUCAGAUUUUAUAUUUUAUAUAUAUGUACUGUACACUUAUAUCUAUCUCCCUUGUGAGCUGUCCCCCCCAGCCUUACUUUGCUUUCUGUCAGUAACAUCUGCAUACAUUUUCAGAAGCUGGCGAUUCUGGGUGCAGUGGGAUGGGUAUUAAUUUCUUUUCUUUCGUUUUUUUGUUUUUUUUUAGCUUUAACUCUUGAAGGAGAGGGAAAUAUCCAAUUGCAAAACAUUGCUUGUUUCUACAUAAACCAAAUUCUUUUUGCUUAAACAAGAAGAAA